AAAAAAAAAUCAAAAAAAAAAAAAAAUCGAUUAAUUCGAAAGAAGAUAAUAAAGACGAGGAGAACAGUGAUUUAAAAUGAACGUUAUCGCGUCGUUGAUCAUUGCGAUAUUCUUCGCUGCUUAUGUCGCCGAUUCGAGUGUCACGCCGGAUAAAGAAUUGACGACAGAUCUGCGAGAAACAUGGGACAACGAUUUUGUGAUUGCCAUUUCGAACGUUAAAUCGAGAAAGAAGCAAUCGGAAGCAACGGUUGAUAUUCUUCUAGCCACGAAGUACGACAGAUCUAAAAAGAAAAUGGUACUUAUGCUCGACAGGCGAAGUAAACGAGUGAUCUUCGAAAGUAUCGACAAGGAUGGUCAUCGAACUGCGGAACACCUUAACUUGGAAACGCCGAACGUGAACUUCCUGUUGAAAAAUAUAAUCGUCCUCGUGCAUCAGAGUCAGCCUGAUCCCCGAAUGGACGUUUACAUUGAUUGCGUUUACCAAGGCACGAUACCAUUGAGGAAGAGCUUUCGAAAGUUGGCAGACAAUGAAGAUAACUCUCUUGUAGAGGCGUUCAGAGAAAGGAGGAACCAAGUGAAAGUGUAUCCGUUAUCAUCCAUUAUCGACGCCCUGAAGCAAGAAAACUGCCCGGACAAUCUGGCCGAUAUGGACUCGUUGUCGAGUUUCCACAAGCACAAAGAAUCUCGCGAAUUGAUUGCAAGCCCAACGAGUAACCAUCCUGACAAGAAUUUCGACGAGACCGACACUGGCUCGAAGUAUCGUAUAAAAUUAAAGAACAAGGGAAAUCAUCAUCUUCGGUCGAAAGAAGAUGAAGUUUCAGACAUGUUCGAGGACGCGGAUCAAUUUGACGAUUUCAGUGAUACACGUCGAUCGAAAAGUGAUUAUCAAUCUGCCGAACGAGAUCGAUCGAAUAGCGACAAAUAUCGUUCUACGAACGAGUUCGAAGCUGAUCGGGAAGUUUCUUCGGGUCACGUGAAACGUUUGCGUCAGAGGACACCGCCUGGUCGCGAGAAAUCCGCGGAAUUUAUUUACCAUAAUAAUUAUGAUGAACUCGAUGCAUUGAGUCAGGCGAAUUACAAACGGGUUCCGAGAAGAGGGGACAUAGGGAUUCAAAGUCUCGAUGAAAGAGUUCCACCGACGACCACGACGGCAGCUCCUCCUCCUAGUUGCGAUUACAAAUCGCCCUGCUUCCCGGGAGCUGACUGCCGUAACACACCACGUGGACCACAGUGCGGAGCAUGCCCGCCGGAUUACACCGGCGAUGGAUAUCGUUGCAUGAAAAUUAGUUGCGCGCACAACCCUUGCUUUCACGGUGUCCGUUGCUACGACCGCGCGGAUGGAUAUAGCUGUGGAAAAUGUCCCAACGGUUAUAUAGGUGAUGGUAAAUACUGUGAACGACGCAGAAAUAAUUGCGAGCCUCAUCCCUGUUACCCGGAAGUACAAUGCGAACCAAUUCUUUAUCCACCGUACUUUAGAUGCGGUUCUUGCCCAAGCGGGUUUAUCGGUAACGGUUCUACGUGUGUUGAUGUGAACGAAUGCGAGUUGGCACAACCCUGCCAUCCGGCAGUUCGAUGCAUCAACCUUCGUCCAGGAUUUAGAUGCGACACUUGCCCGCCCGGAUAUACCGGGACGAUAAUCGAAGGAAUCGGUUUGGAGAUCGCACAGGCUCGCAAGCAAGUUUGCCAGGACAUAAAUGAAUGCGACAGUAACAAUGGUGGAUGCGAUCCAUAUAUGGAAUGCAUCAAUACGGAGGGUUCGUACAGAUGUGGUGCUUGCAGAGCAGGCUUUGUGGGCAACCAAACAGUUGGCUGUCAUCCUAGUCAUAGUGUCUGCCCAGAUUUAGUAACUAUGUGCGAUGUAAACGCUGAGUGUAUCUGCAUCGAUACGAACGAGUACUCGUGCAAGUGUCGCGUUGGGUGGGCAGGAAAUGGACUGACCUGUGGUCUUGACAGAGACAGCGAUGGUAUUCCUGACAGAAGCCUGCAAUGUCACGAUCGACGCUGUCGUAUGGACAACUGUCCGUUAAUACCAAACAGCGGCCAAGAGGACGCGGACAGAGACGGUUUAGGCGAUGCCUGUGAUCCAGACGCUGAUAACGAUGGCGUUUUGAACUCUUCUGACAACUGUCCUUUAAUUUCGAAUCCUGGCCAAGAGGACACCGAUCGUGACGGUCCUGAUUCCAUCGGCGACGUUUGCGACAAUUGUCCUCUAGUGAGAAACCCGAAGCAGGAAGAUACCGACGACGAUGGCAUCGGUGAUGCUUGCGACAUCGACAUCGACAACGACGGUAUUUUUAACAACGAAGACAACUGUCCAAGAAGGAAGAAUCCAAAUCAAGAUGAUCAAGAUAUGGACGGUAUUGGCGACGCUUGUGACAAUUGUCCUUACAGUUAUAACGAGGACCAAUCGGACCAAGACGGAGAUGGGGUAGGUGAUGCUUGCGACAACGACAACGACAGGGACAGAGACGGCGUGCAAGACGAUAGAGACAAUUGUCCUGAUAUCGCGAAUCCAGGACAAAAUGACGAUGACCACGAUGGCAGAGGGAACGAAUGCGACGACGAUAUAGACAAUGAUGGUCUGCCCAAUUCGAUUGACAAUUGUCCAUACGUUUAUAAUCCAGAUCAACGUCACACUCAUCAUCAAUAUGUUGGUGACGCUUGCUGGAACGACAAUGAUAACGACACUGUGAAGAACACACUUGACAAUUGUCCCAACAAUAGUUUGAUUUGGACGACAGAUUUUAGAAAGUAUACUACGAUUGCUCUAGACCCUGUUGGUACUGCCCAGGAAGAUCCUGUUUGGGUAAUACACAACGAAGGCGCUGAGAUCCAGCAGCUCGUGAACAGUGACCCCGGGAUUGCCAUUGGUCCGGAUACAUUCAGUGGCGUAGAUUUCGAGGGUACGUUUUUCGUCGACGACGACGGAGACGACGACUCCGUUGGUUUCGUGUUCUCUUAUCAGGACAACCGUAGAUUCUACAUCGUAUCCUGGAAGAAACGUCACCAACCAUAUUGGAUGCCGACGCCAUUCAGAGCGGUGGGAGAUCCUGGUAUUUUCUUGAAGCUCGUCGAUUCGAGCACAGGGCCUGGAGAAAUCCUCAGAAACAGUCUCUGGCAUAAUCAAGACACACCCAAUCAAGUGAAGAUCCUUUGGCACGAUCCGAAGAAAAUCGGAUGGAAAGAAAGAACCCCGUACAGAUGGCAAUUAUUACAUAGACCUAAGAUCGGCCUGAUUAGAUUUAGGCUUUAUCAAGGAAAACAGCUGAUGGCCGACUCGGGCAACGUGUACGAUUCGACGCUGAAAGGUGGCAAAUUGGGUGUUUACUGUUUCUCCCAAGAAAAGAUUACUUGGUCUAAUUUGUUGUACGUGUGUAAAGAAACUGUCCCGCAAUCAGUAUGGAGCGAGUUGCCGGAGAAUUUGAAAAGGGAAGUGGACGUAGAGAUGAGUAACGAAAUAAGAUCUCAGUACAAUCAACAAUCUAUCUAUUACGAUUAAUAUAAAUCUAUCAAUUGCUUCUCGAGAUUUAUUCCAUUAUCUUGGACAAAUGUGUCGUCUGUUUAAACCGGAUAUUACGGAUUUGGUUCGUUUUCUUGCAGUGAAAACUAAAAAUGUAUCCUUUAUGCCUAAAUGUAUAUUUACGAUUUUCACUCGAUAUGGCCAAACUUUAUUCUGAAAUUUCGCGUUUCAUCUCCUCUUUUAUUACUUUCUUUUCCUUUCACUGGAGUUCCAAGUUUUGUAACAUUUUAAGUGUAUACGUAAUUAAAGAUACAACGUGACAAAUACCUUUCAAUGAACCUUCAUCAGCUAAGGGCGAGUAAAAUCUAUACGAGGGUGAUAUCUUAAAAAUAGAUUAUAUCUUGCGGAAUGUGUGCAACGAACGCUUAAUUCUAUAAUUAACAGGGGAAGAUUUAAGUUUAAAUGUGCGCUUUUCGAACGACUCGAGUCAAAUUCGUUAGAUUUAUUAUUAUAUUACGAUUUUGGUGUAUAGAUCGUGCGCCAAUGCAUGAAAGGAUUAGUUGCUUUUACGAGAAAUGGACAAUUUCUUGGAAAUUUCUUACUCUCGCUAAUUUUGAAUGGGAGUUUUAUGUUUUAAAAUUAAAUGGUCAGGAACAGCAGAAGUAAAUUCCAAAAUAUUUAAAACUGACUUCUUCUGCUUUGUCUAAUUUCAAUCUAAUAAGAAAUAAGCUGAUAGUAUAGUUUGCAAUUUUAACGUUACUUAGUUUUUAGAAAUACAUUUAAUUCGUAGUAAUUAGCACGAAUUGCUGUCCUUCACGAUUGUUUUGUUGCGAUAUAAUUAUGAUAUAAUUGCAAUUUAGUAGCCAUGACAAUAUAUACAGGAAGAGAAAAAUCUACAAAUUUCUAAAAAGCUUCGUGCGUGAUAAAAAUAAAAAAUUAAAAUUAAAUAAAAUUAAAAGAAACGUGCACGAUUAGUUUCGCAAUUUAAAAAUAAUAAACAUUACAAAUACUAUCUAAGCAAUUAUUUUUCAGCUUUCCAAUAAAUGUUUUCAAAAUGUUAGAUUCUUCUUCAGAUAUCCUGUAUACAUGUAGGUAUGCAUAUAGUAUACAUAUAGGUGUACAUCAAUAUACGUUAUAUUAAAUAUUCAUAAUAAAUAUUCCAAAAAUAGUUUCACGUACUUUCAUUGCUUUCUACUUUAAAAAAAAACAAAUCUAAUUUGCGUCAUAUCAUCGAAAAUUUUAAUUUAAUUUAAUUUAUAUGUCUUAAAUUCUUCAACUGUUUAUCAAUUUAAAUUUCAAAUUCUUUCCUUUUUUUUUUCUUCU